ACGGCGUUAUUCAAAUGGAACUUUGUAAUCUAGCAGAACUUUUCAUUCUGUGUUUUGUUUUGUAAAAAAUCGGUGGUGCGGAACAUUUGUAGCAAUUUAAUUUGUUUACACAACGAAGUAGAAUUAAACGAAACGUUUUUUGUUAGCUUAAGCAAUGGGCAAUCAACAGACCAAAAAAGGUGGAGGUGAUAAUCUAUUUACCGGCGAAGAAUUGAAAAUAUUGGAAACAUCCUUUCGCCUGGCCAAUGGAGGAAAUACGGAAAAAAUUACCGAAAAUAAAUUGGUGGAAUCAUGGUCAUCAAUCAUUGAUAAAAAUCUAGCUCAGUUCACAGCAAAUUUUCUCUUUACCCAAACGCCGCAGUCGACGCCACAAAAGACCCUCACACAUCAUCAUUCACAGCAUAUUGGUACCAUAACAUUUCGCAAAUAUGCAGAACCCUACUACAUUGUUGAACGGGGUACAAUUGAUGAACAGAUACAUUUUAUUCAGACCUCGUUGAAUAAUAGAUCUACAGAGGAUGUUGAUUUGAAACAACUUGAAAUGUACAUUACCGCAUUACUACUCAGCUAUUUGCACAUGUUGAAAUCCCAAAAUACCCCUGCAUUUGAGUCAUGGCACAAAUUCGGCUAUCACUGUAAUGAUCGUUCGGCUCAGUGUUUUGCCAAGGGCUUGGUAAGGCAUCUAUGCAAAAAGGAUUCGGAUUCCACAGCCUCCACAAGUGAUUUGGAAAAGUGGCUGCAGGUCAAUCCCACGUUUCUGAUUAUAUGGCGUUGUGUUUUCUCAUAUCUAUAUGGUUAUGCGGGCAAUGGGAAAAUCAGUAAAUUGGGUAAUCCACCCAGCAGUCAAAUUCUGCCAAUGCAGGAAGGUUUACCCUUUGGCACCAACUAUUCCCCCAUGCUGGAUAUACCCCAUGUUAUAUUUGUAAAUAGCAAUGUGCCUGUGGAUCUGCAACACAAGUGGCGUUUUUUGUUCUCCUCAAAAAUUAUGGGUGAAAGUUUUUCCACAAUGUUGGGAAAAUUGCUGAAAAAGGGACCAACCCUAUUGGUAGUUGAAGACGAGGAUCAUUAUAUUUUUGCGGGUUAUGCACCGCAUUCAUGGGCAAUGGGUCCAAAUUUUAUAGGUGAUGAUAGCGCCAUGCUUUUUACUUUAAGUCCUGCCAUGCGUUGUUUUAAUACCACCGGUUACAACGAUCAUUAUCAGUAUUUGAAUUUGGGCCAGCAGACAAUGCCCAAUGGUUUGGGUAUGGGUGGCCAAUUCGGCUACUGGGGCCUUUGGCUAGACUGUGAAUACGGUAUCGGACAGAGUUGUGAAAGCUGUACCACAUUCAAAGAUUACAAUCAGCUGAGUAAGCGUAAAGAUUUUCGUAUUAGAAAUUUGGAAGUUUGGGGUAUUGGUGAUGAGCCCAAGCAAGGCGAUGACAGUGAUGAGGAGGGAGAUGGCACCAAUAAACGCUCAAUUUUGGAUAAAAAUCUAGAAGAUCGUGUUAUGUUGGAGUUGUCGGGUCGCAAUAUGCAUUCGGAUGGAUUAAGAGAACCCGAAUUGGAUUUAUAAUUUUAUGUAAACUCGCAAAUUGUUCCUGUUUUGUUAUUAUUUUUUUAUUUGUUUCAUAUCCCAUUUUAUUUUGCAAAAAAGUAGUAUAUUUUUUAAACAAAGACAAUAACGCCUAGUUGCGUGUAUUUGCUAUUUGAUGAGAUAGUUUUUAUUCCUCAAUAUAUUAUUAAUCUUUAAAAGAUUUUCUAGCCUUAUAGAGUCAUUCCCUUAGAUAUAUCUACAUAUACAUACAUACAUAUAUAUAAAUUAUAAACAAAAUUGGAAUUCCAAAUUAUAUCAUUACGAACACAAGCUAAAAGCAAUUUUUGUACAAUUUGAAACAACAACAAAAAACAGGGAAACUAAAAUGUUUUUUUGGAUACACGACUGAAAUGAAAAAUGCAUGUAUAUUUAGAUUUUUAGUUACUCUCAAACUGUGGGUUAUUCCAUAGAAUAGCCUACUAUGAUGAUAAUGAAGAACGAUAUGUUGUAUUCAAUUUUGUCAUAAAAAAUUAAUUUCAUUUAGAUUGACCAAUAUUUCUACUCGUUCCUUGCUGCGUUCUUUAGUUCACUACGGUCCACAAUGAGUCUAUAUACGAUUAAUGGAACUAAUAUAUCUAUAUUAUACCUAUAGUUAUUUUCAAUAAAGAUAAAUACUCUUAAAUAUUUAAA